AUGAGCGUUGUCAUCGAAUGUACCCGCUCUUCAUUGCCGUCGGUUCAUGACGAGUUGAUUGAGCACGAAGAGCACCAUGACCGCUUGACGACGCUCACCUCUCCCAGCUUCUCCACAUUGACUUCUACUCUGCGGUCACCGAGCUACUCGACGUUGGUAUCCCAUGGACGAGAAGGGUCCCUAUUCGAUGGCUCGGAUACGCAGAGCCUUCAAACCCUUGUUGCGAACGCCAGGCCCAAAGAACCUCGCUACACGUUCGGAGCCGCUCCCAAGCCCGACCAGCUUUCGCACUCCUUCCAAUUGCGCAGUGGCAAAAAUCGGAAGCCAUGGGCGAGCUUUUUCAUAGAAGACCCUGAGAUGGUGGAUAAUCGCGGGCCCAAGAAGAUCGUGAAGGUGAUGGGUGGUGAUGUCGUCUCGGGCCUGGUGGAACUCGACCUAGAGACUCCGCAGGCAAUUGCAUCCAUCAAGUUCAACAUCAAAGCCAAACUUUUGACUGGGUUCUUGAGCGAGUUCCAUCUCUCCAUCCUCGACCAUUCAUACACCGUAUGGGACCGUUCAUACGGUGACCCGCGACUCGAGAAGGGCAACAACAAGUUGAAUGGGAAGCUCAGUAAGGGGGUUUACCACUUUCCUUUCUCAUUCCGGAUCCCCAACCACACCAACACGACUACACUUGCUGCGGCUGACGACGAAGUCUCCCUACAAAGGACCGACUCUGGCCCUGUUUACCUGCCGCCCAAGAAAGGAACUAUCUUCCGUUGGAAUAAAAGCAGCCCUCGUGGGCCCGAUGGUAUCGCCGCCGAGCAGGAAGUGUCGACGUCGAGCAGAGUCAAUAGUUCUUUCGAAGGGGAUGGAACGGGCGACGUGCAUGUCCUUCCUCCGUCCUUCCGGUCUCGAGGAACCAAUGCCAACAUAGAAUAUGUCCUAUCUCUCUGCAUCUCUCACGGCAAGCUUCGAGGUGAUAGCAAGCUUAGAGUCCCGAUGUACUAUAUCCCAUCCGUUCAGCCGAUCCCAUCGCCCGUCAAGCGGUUCUCUUCAUUCCAGUACUCCAGCCCCUUGACCGACCCUAAGGGAUGGGUCGAACUCCCGCCAAUCACAGUCUCGGGGACCAUUGAUAUCGAGAAAGACGUAGAAUUUGAGUGUGGUUUGUGGCUUGCUCAACCAUUGUCCUACUCUCGGGGAACGGUCAUUUCGUGUUUUAUGACGAUCUCCAGCGACGACGUGGAAGCCCUCGACCUUGUUGCCACCCCCGAAUCCUUAAACGUCCGACUCUCUCGCACCGUGAAUUACUCGAUAAACGGGAAGCUCUGGGACAGCUCGCUAAUGGCAGUCCACACAUCCAUUCGAGAGAUAACCGGGGCCCAUAUGGCCAAUGUUGCGCAAUCCGUCUUCGAGAUUGUCGGGUCCGCGGACGAAGCGGCGAACGAUAAAAGUACUGUACCCGACGGAGAGCAAACCCGCGCGUACGGCAAACUCCCAGCACUGACAGGCUCUGUACCAGUGGAGUCUGCGAUUUGGUGGCUGCCACCGCAGGAUGAAGAGUUCUGCAGCCCAACCCUGCGGGUCUUCCAAGGGGAGAUCCAUCUAGUCGAGGAUCUCUAUCCCACCAGUUUAUUCCCCAAUUUCUUGAUUCGGUAUGCUGUUGAAAUGCUUCCAUUCGACUGUCCUUCGUUCCAACCCACGAUGCCAACACCGGAAUCGUCGCCGAAAAAAUCAAAGGGCAAAGGACCUUCAAUCAAGGUUCCAUAUCCGCGCAAACGACCUUAUCUUCGCCGGGAGGUGACAAUUGCUAGCGUACCGCGCCUUGACGAACCUACCGCCAUUGCGUUUACGGACCGCCCGACAGAGAACCGUAGGCUCAAAGUGAUGGAUGACCCAGUCUCGUGCUUAACGCUUGAUGACUGUCUUGGGGCGGCCACGACGGCCUUUGGAGGUGCUAUGAGAAAUAUGGCCAUCUAG